AUGAUUCAAGAUGCUGUUUCUGUCCCUGAAACAUUAGGUUCCCUGGGUCAUUAUGUAAGCCUGGGGUUAGGUCACACACACCACCGCAAAGCUCCCAGUGAGCCAGCCUCCAGCUGCAAGCCUCUCAGAGGUCCCAUUGAGCCAGCCUCCAGCUGCAAGCCCCUCAGCGCUCCCAUUGAGCCAGCCUCCAGCUGCAAGCCCCUCAGCGCUCCCAGUGAGCCAGCCUCCAGCUGCAAGCCCCUCAGCGCUCCCAGUGAGCCAGCCUCCAGCUGCAGGCCCCUCAGCGCUCCCAUUGAGCCAGCCUCCAGCUGCAGGCCCCUCAGCGCUCCCAGUGAGCCAGCCUCCAGCUGCAAGCCCCUCAGAGGUCCCAGUGAGCCAGCCUCCAGCUGCAGGCCCCUCAGCGCUCCCAGUGAGCCAGACUCCAGCUGCAGGCCCCUCAGCGCUCCCAGUGAGCCAGCCUCCAGCUGCAGGCCCCUCAGCGCUCCCAGUGAGCCAGCCUCCAGCUGCAGGCCCCUCAGCGCUCCCAGUGAGCCAGCCUCCAGCUGCAAGCCCCUCAGAGGUCCCAGUGAGCCAGCCUCCAGCUGCAGGCCCCUCAGCGCUCCCAGUGAGCCAGCCUCCAGCUGCAGGCCCCUCAGCGCUCCCAGUGAGCCAGCCUCCAGCUGCAGGCCCCUCAGCGCUCCCAGUGAGCCAGCCUCCAGCUGCAAGCCCCUCAGCGCUCCAAGCCAGCCUCCAGCUGCAGGCCCCUCAUUCGCUGAGUGAAUGUAUUCAUAUGACAAUUGUUUAACAUGUAACUGGGAAAACCCCUCACCACAACAGCUGAAACCAUGUGACUGUUCAGAAGAGUGCUGGGUGAUAAUGUGAGUGCUUUUCUGUCAGUCUAUCCUGCUGCUGGUCUGCUGCCUUCUAAAAUCCCAGACUGAGACACACCCAGAUUAUCUGCAAGAGGCACAGUAGCUUAACGUUAAAACCCUGACAGCCAGAGGCUGGAGUCAAGGCAGGCAAACAUCAAUCUAACCGGUGACAAUAAGCCAGAGUUCAGUUAGAGGCAAGGUUUGGUAACUGCAGAGCGGUCGCUAGUGUUGUUAUGCUACAGCGUUGUCAUGGCUUCAUGACAUUCCAGUGUGUUCCAGAGAGUAUCCCAGGAGGACAGAGCCUCUGUGUGUCUCUGAGCAGUCGGUCUGGAAGAGACGACAGGGCCUAGCGCAGGCUGCCUGUGUCCUGGUGUG